AUGCUGCAAAUAGGCCAGUUUAGCCGGGUAGGCUCAGUUCGUCUUCUAUUCCGCCACACAAAACAAACAUUGCUGAGACAUAUUUCUAUUACCUGCCGUGGUAACCCUAUUUGCAAAGACGAUCUAUUUAGGUAUACCAAUGGUCAUUUUUUAAUUGAUGAAGAGCGCCAGUUUCACGGACGCUAUGCGAAGUUCAAUGUCGACGAGCUUUGCAGCGUGGCUGCUGCUUCUGGAGGCUCCGAAUCGCCAAUUAUUGCCAUCGAUAAGAUGGAAGGUGGCUUUUGCAAGGCUUUGUUAAUGAAAAAGGCAGAUGGCACAGAAGUUGUUGCAAAGCUACCUACCAAGCGAGCCGGCCCUCCUCAACGCCUAACCGAGUCAGAAGCGUUGACGGAUGCUUCAGUUCAAGAGCAUACUACUAUACCCGUUCCUAAAGUGCUCGCGUGGAGCUCGAACUCUUCCAAUAAGGUUGGCAGUGAGUAUAUACUCAUGGAGAAAGCGCCUGGAGUUCAGCUGUGGAACAGAUGGCCCAAGAUGAAUGGAUCAUCUAAGCUCGCUAUAAUCGAGCACCUCGUGAAGUUGGAGAGCCAACUUGGUUCGAUAGAGUUCCCUUAUUCAGGAAGCCUUUAUUUUCGAGAUGAAAUUAAAGACAUAAACGCCUCUACUCCACUUUCGAAGGAGUUGGACCCAAGACAGUCGUAUUGUGUUGGACCAACGGUGAAUAGCUCCUGGCACUACCAACUACACCCCGGGGCUUCAUCGGUUGAACGUGAUAAUAGUGGACCUUGGUGCUCCCUGUCUGAUUACGGAAAAGACCUUAUACAGCGAGAAAUAUCCAAGAUUUCUCAAAGAGAAGAGCACGGAGGCGACUCACAUAGCCAAGCGGACAGCAAAGGAGCAAUUAAUGAUCUUACUGCAGCAACAAAGGUUCUAGAAGUUCUAGAAUCUUACCAUCCAAAACUUACUUCGCUCUCAAAACCGACCCUCUGGCAUACGGAUCUACAUUUAGGAAACAUCUUCAUUUCCGAAGAUGAUCCUUCAAAAAUUGUCUCAAUUAUCGACUGGCAAUCGACAUCAAUUGGCCCUUUGUUCCUUCAAGUAACUUGGCCAGAGUUCUUGAAGCCAACAGGCGAGUACAUGUGCGGCUUGGUCAGGCCGCUACUACCAGAAAAAUUUGAAGAGUUAGACGAGUCCGAAAAAAAACGUGCCAUUCACACAAGGGAUAAUGCGCUUCUUACUAAAACAUACGAACUAAGCAGUUGGCAGGUUAACAAAGGUGUGAUUUAUAGCGCAUUGAAUCUACCAUCCGUCCUUCGCGAGAUAUUUAUACGCUGUGGAGAAUCGGCGGACCAAGGAACUACAGGGCUGCGUGCUUGUUUGGCUGAGUUGUUUCAGUCAUGGACAGAGUUAGACAUCAGUGGAGAGUGCCCUAUCUCAUUCUCAGCGGGAGAACUUUCGGAUAUCGAACAAGAGUUUGAGCGGUACCGGGAAUGGAGUAGCAUUCAAGAGUUUGCGAGGGAGUAUCUAGAAACAGAUGUUGACGGUUGGAUAUCCCCAGAGCGUGAUUUUGCUGAGAUCCAGCAACGCAACAAAGUCGGCCUGCAGAAGUAUAUCCAUGAGAUGUCCAAACGUAUGAGCCCUCACGAGGCUCGAAAGAUAUGGCCCUUCCUAGAGAAUGUCUAG